CCGACCCCAACCCGUCUCUGUCAGCGCGCCUAUGAUUCACCAGCUGAUGUUCACUUCCCGUUGAGGAAGUUGACUUGAAAAAAGUGGAGAAGAAAAGGGCAGCACACAGUACAGGGAGCAUUGCGAUUUCUUUUUAAUUUUUUUUUAAUCUAAAUCCCUCUCAAUGGUUAGUAAUACUCAUGUAGAAUCUCAUGAAUAUUGCAUCAAAACUGGUCUUCAUCAAGGAUACAAUUGAAAAGGAUGUCAAUGCGGCCUCGGAAUAGAGACGUUUGCGCUGAUUGCAGCGCUCCUGGGCCAACAUGGGCAUCUGUGAACCGUGGCGUGCUGAUCUGUGAUGAGUGCUGCAGUAUCCACCGUGGCCUGGGCAGGCACAGCUCUCAGGUCCGACACCUCACACAUACAUCAUGGCCUCCGUCCCAGCUGCAGACGGUGCAGACGUUAUACAACAAUGGAGCCAACUCCAUUUGGGAGCAUAGUCUUCUGGAUCCCUCCUCUAUAAUGACUGGGAAACGCAAAGCCAAUCCUCAAGACAAAGUACACCCCAACAAAACAGACUUUAUCAAGGCAAAAUAUCAGAUGCUGGCAUAUGUUCAUCGGAUGCCCUGUCGUGAGGAUGACAGCGUCACAGCAAAGGACCUGAGCAAGCAACUUCACUCCAGUGUGAGGACAGGCAAUCUGGAGACCUGCCUGCGGCUGCUGUCUUUGGGAGCUCAAGCCAACUUCUUUCAUCCUGAGAAAGGGAACACGCCUCUGCAUGUGGCCGCCAAAGCAGGGCAGCUCUCUCAGGCCGAGCUCCUUGCUGUAUAUGGAGCCGACCCCGGUGCUCCUGACGCUAACGGCCUCUCGCCCAUCGACUACGCCAGGCAAGCAGGUCACCAUGAGCUUGCUGAUAGAUUGGUGGAGAUCCAGUUUGAGCUCACAGACAGGCUGGCAUUCUACCUAUGUGGAAGGAAACCAGAUCAUAAAAAUGGACAACAUUUCAUUAUUCCCCAGAUAGCUGACAGGAAUGAUGGUCUGGAUCUGUCUGAAUUGGCGAAAGUGGCAAAGAAGAAGUUACAGUCUCUCACCAACCACCAGUUUGAGGAGUUAGCCAUGGAUGUCUAUGAUGAAGUGGACAGAAGAGAAACUGAUGCAGUAUGGCUGGCCACACAGAAUCACAGCACCCUGGUGACGGAGACGACAGUGGUGCCCUUCCUCCCAGUCAACCCUGAGUACUCCUCCACCAGAAAUCAGGGUCGUCAGAAACUGGCUCGGUUCAACGCUCAUGAGUUUGCCACGCUGGUCAUCGAUAUUUUAACUGAUGCCAAACGUCGCCAGCAGGGGAACUCUUGUGAGAAUGCCAAAGAAAAUGUGGAGCUAAUCCUUAAGGGCAUUGACAACCGUGAGAGUCAGGACGUGGACCAGCCAGAUUACGACAGCGUGGCGUCUGAUGAGGACACGGAGAGGGAACCGGCUUCUGGGAAAGAGGACCGGACCAAGAGCUCUGAGUCAUCUGACCUAUCAGAUGGCCCAAUCACGGUCCAGGAGUUCAUGGAGGUCAAGACUGCUCUCAACGCCUCAGAGGCCAAGAUCCAGCAGCUGCUGAAGGUCAACUGUCACCUGAGCGAGGAGCUGAGGAGUAUGCAGAACAAGCUGAGCUACCUGCAGGAUGAGAACUCUGGCCUGAGAUGGCAGGCUCCUACCAACUCUGUCGCGCCUCCGGAUCCUGUGCGCCGCCCGGCCGUGCGCGGAGGCCGGGCCAUGUCCAUGUACGAGACCGGAUCGGGCCUGAAGCAGUACCACCCCCGCGGCGAGGCGCCUCGUCCUAACGCUAGCACCCUUACCCUGCAGCCCCUUCCCCCAGACAUGGGGAAGUGUUCUUCCGUGACAGCCUCCUCCUCCCUUCCCAGCUUCCCCUCAUCCUUGUCCUGGCCUGGGGAUGAGAGAGUGCACAGGGGCUCCAGUGGUGUGGAGGGCCAGUGCGGUGUCCCGGAUAGCGACUACGAUAACACACACAAUCACUCGGAGCCAGACGAAUACGGCCCACGGCAGGGGAGUGUGUGCGGGGUGGCCUGGAUGAGUGAGGGGGCCAUCCCAGAGUCGGACCCUCAGGAGGUGGAGGGCGAGCCCGAUCCCAGUUUGCCUUGCACGGAGGACGUCAUCAGCAAGACGGAGCAGAUCACCAAGAACAUCCAGGAGCUGCUGCGAGCUGCCCAGGAGAACAAGCAUGAGAGUUUUGUACCCUGCUCAGAAAGAAUUCAUGUGGCUGUAACUGAGAUGGCUGCUCUGUUUCCUAAGCGGCCCAGCUCAGAGACUGUACAUGGCUCCCUGCGUCUGCUCACCUCCAGCGCCAGCCGUCUCCAGGGGGAGUGUCACCGGGCGACGCCCCCUAACGCCCAUACUGGCGAUUCCCAGCUGCUCACCCAGCAGGUCAUCCAGUGCGCCUAUGACAUAGCCAAGGCUGCCAAGCAACUCGUCACCAUAACAACCAAAGAGAGCAACUGACUGACUCGGCACCCUCUCUCUCUCUCCACCCACCUGAAAUUGACAUUUGUGUCUGUGAGAUAACAUGAUUUUUUUGCCACUAAUUGUGUUUUUAUUUUUUUAUUAUAUCAGUAUUAUCACUUGUAUGCCAUAAUUUUUUUCUAAAGGAACCAGUCGUAUUAUAUAUUUCUAAUAUAGUUGUAAUGGCGUGAUGCCCAUAUAUGCUUUCUAAUAAUGUUUGUGUGUAUGUGUGUGUGGGGGGGGCGGGGGAGUUGGGGGGAGCUGUGAAUGAUGGUCUGAGUGUGUAAUGCCUCAGAUUUAUUUGCAGUCGAAAGCAUCAUGCAUAUUGCAAGUCUAAGUGAAACCUCCCAGAGUGAAGCAAGCCUCUCACAUCUCUCACUGAGCACUGUGGUCCUUGAUCCCAAAUCCUGAUCCUCUUUCUCAUAUCGGUUUUUGGUCUUGGGUCGGGACUAGCCUCGUCUCUGACCCUUUGAUUUUCAGCCUCCAGUGAAUGGCCUUACGGUUGCCACACCAUACUCUCUUCAGUAUUACGCCUGUUAUACCUCAUUCAUUUGGCCCGUGAACAGUUUCCCCUGUCUGAACCUCAGCUUGUUUCCUUUGGAGAAACCCCAAGUGCUCCUGAUAACCCAGUUUAUCUGAAUGUUUUAUUUUAAAUGUACUUGAGUUUGGACUAACUAAUGUGAGGACUUGUACGGUUAAGUAUUUGUAUUAUCAUCCUAUACUCUGUUUCUGGAUAAACUCUUAAUGUGGACCUCUGUGUACUCUGUCCUGUCAGAUUGGGUCAUUCCCUGUGUGUCAGGGGUUGAAGAGACUGAACCAGUGUAUGAUCAGUGGCUGUGUGUAUCUCUGUCAUGACCUUCGUCAGCAUGAGUGCAUGCGGGUCUGUGUUGUGUUUUUGUUUUCCCCUGCGUGGUGCCACAACGGUCAAUGCUUUGUGUUCCGCAGAUUAUGUAAAAUGUGUGAAGUGAACUACAUAUGCAACCACUGGGGUGGCCGGUGUUGUAAAGGUAAACAUUAUAACAUCAGACUCAACCAAGGUGCAAAGGCCUUAAGAGCUGCUUCAUAAAGACAGUGAGUGUUACUGAUCGCCACAUGUCCGCCGUAAUGGUGUAGAUUUGCCAGAACAGAGUGGGUAUAGGUGAAAAACGUUUAAAACAUUUAUAAACUGUUGUACUAAUGUAUAUCAGAUAAUAAUACAAAAAUAAUACAGUACUUAAUGCAACAUGUCCCUCCAUUGACAGUCCAUUGAGGCCAAAAUGCAAAAGCAAGUAGAGGUUGUAUGGUCAUGUUGGUGUAAAACAUGUCACCACAGGACAAAAACACCCGUGACUCCUAUUGGCCAAAUGCUUGCAGAACAUUUUAGCAACUGUGAAGUUAUCAAGACAUUUUAGAGCCAGAACUCAAGUCUCUAUUCCUCAAGUCCUCGGUUUCCUCAUUUCUACACUAUUAUAUUCUAUGUUGACUGGACAUGUAUAGCAGCUCGGUAUGGGAUGUGUUCACGUUGCAGCUUUUAAGGAGCCUGAACAGGACCCCAUCCAGGGAUAUCAGAAAUGCAGACAAUGCAGCUGUGGUGAUGAACAAUAAUAAAACAUUAAUAAGCCAUUUAUUUCAAUAAACUUUAAUUUAUAAAUCCUCACAAA